AUGUCGCUCUCGAAAGCCGACACAGACAUUAUUCUCAACAAGGCUAAUAUCGCCCUCGCCCGCAGCCAGCGCCUCGUCGCAUCAUGGAUCCCUGCAGCACCUGCAACAGAAGCAGACAAUGCGAAAACCGACGCUGAGCUCCAAAGGGAGGAAGAAGAAAUAUUCACAGCUGUUCCUGAAACACUAGGUCUCGGAGCGCCACUGCCAUCGAAAGCCGCGGAUGGGAGCUGGAACCGCAGGGAGCUUGAUUCGAACGAUGCGUUACGGAGACAACUUCUCGGGAGGAAUUAUAAGAAGGUCAUGGCUGAGAAGGAGAAGGCGCGGAAAGCCACUGCUGAUUCGGCGGCGUCAGAGAAUCCUGUUUCAAAGGGGACGACUGGUCACGACCAGCAAGUUUCUAGAGUUGGAGAUGAUGACGACGACGAGGGUCGCGCGGCUUUAAUUGGCAAGAAGGCAUCAUCGCGAAAAAGAAAGGUGGGAGGACAUACUGAGCCUACGGCACAGCCUCAGAGUGCCGAUGGCGAGGUGGCGAACGUGGACAGCGAGGAACCGGAUGAAAGAAAGGCAGCCAACUCACAGGAACCAAAGUCAAAAGGGAGGAAAAAGGCUACGAGUUUUCUAGACGAGAUACUCGCAGAGCGGUCAAAGAAGAGGAAGAAGCGAUGA